AUGAGGUCACUUAGCAAGACGGAGAAAGAAGCUCUGCUGAAAGGAGAGGAAGAAGCUUUCAGAAUGAAAAAUUAUGAAGAUGAUGCUAUCACAUUGAAAAAAGAGAAUGGAUUGGAAGAAGAGCCCUUUGGAGUGAAAGAGGAAGAGGAGACUAUCUCUAUAAAGGAGGAGGAGGAAGACGUUUUGGGAGUGAAAAAGGAGACUGAAGAUCCGAUUACCACCAGAGAGAGACAUGGCUAUUAUGGAUCCUCUGGGGAGCCUCAACAACAUCCUGAUGCUGACGAAGUAGAGAAGAGGCUCUCCAGAUCAGAACACCAGAUGGACAACGCUAGCCCUUCCUCCCUCCCGGAGUCCCCGUGUCGUGCCUCUCCCGGUAGCACCUUACUGCUGGGUAGGAAGAGGUUGUCUGUGCUGCUGGUGGACUGCAGGAAAACAAUGGGGCUGAGUGGAACUGUGAGAGGAGGAGAAGAGAAGAAAGGAUCUGAUUUGACACAUCAAAGAGAAAGACCAGACUCAGAGGAACCAGAGACCUUCAAACCGGCAAAACAACACAACUGCUCCCACUGUGGAAAGAGUUUUACAGAGUUAGGCAACAUGAAAAGGCAUGAAAGGACACACACGGGUGAGAAGCCUCAUCAAUGCUCUCACUGUGGAAAGACUUUUACUGAGUUAUGGAGCCUGAAAACGCAUGAGAGAAUACACACAGGGGAGAAGCUGUACCACUGCUCCCAGUGUGGAAAGAGUUUUACCCGGUCAGGGCACAUGAAAGAACAUAAGAGAACACACACAGGGGAGAAGCCUUACCUCUGUUCCGAGUGUGGAAAGAGUUUUACCCACUUAUGUAACCUGAAAACACAUGAGAGAUUGCACACAGGGGAAAAGCCUUACCACUGUUCCCAGUGUGGAAAGAAUUUUACCCGGUCAGGGCACAUGAAAGAACAUAAGAGAAUGCACACAUUGGAGAAGCCUUACCUCUGUUCCCAGUGUGGAAAGAGUUUUACCCACUUAUGUAACCUGAAAACACAUGAGAGGUUACACACCGGGGAGAAGGAUUAUGAAUGCUCUCCGUGUGGAUUGAGUUUUACCACCUUAGGGUACCUGAAAUCACAUGAGCGAACACACACAAGAGAGAAGCCUUUCCAAUGCUCACAGUGCAGAGAGAUUUUCACCCAGUUCGGGAGCCUGAAAAGGCAUGAAAGGACACACACAGUUGAGAAGCCUCAUCAUUGCACUCACUGUUGGAAGACUUUUACCCAGUUAGGGGGCCUGAAAAGACAUGAGAGAAUACACACAGGGGAAAAGCCUCAUCAUUGCACUCACUGUGGGAAGACUUUUACCCAGUUAGGGGGCCUGAAAACGCAUGAGAGAAUACACACAGGGGAGAAGCCUUACUGCUGCUCCCAGUGUGGAAAGAGUUUUACCCGGUCAGAGCACAUGAAAGAACAUAAGAGAACACACACAGGGGAGAAGCCUUAUUGUUGCUUCCAGUGUGGAAAGAGUUUUACCUACUUAUGUAACCUGAAAACACACGAGAGAAUACACACAGGGAGAAGCCUUACCACUGCUCCCAGUGUGGAAAGGGUUUUAACCAGUUAG